ACUCCUGUUUGUACACGAAUGUCCGCCUCAUUUGCGUGCUCGAAGUCAAGUCAAGAAAAUUAUUCUUUGUUUUCCGGAAUUUUCGCUGCAGAGUUAGAAAAUUCGUGAUUGCUGGACGAUCUAACGAUCUCGAGUGUUGAGUGUAACUGAUUGCAGCUGUUGAUAAGGGUUGAAAUUUGAGGAAUUCGUGAAAGUUCAGGAGUCCACAAGUUUGCAAAUUGCUCUGAAGGAAGUUUUGGGGAAAAACGGAACCAUGAGCUUCAACGGGCUGCUUUCGACCGGCUGCAUUGCUGAAAUAAUGCGCGGUGUCGAGAUGGAAAAGUCGGUGGUGCAGAUUCUGGGCUCGAAGCGGAUCGCCGGCAGUGGCGAACAGGCCGAGCGGUACCGGCUGCUCAUCUCGGACGGUCAGUACCUGUACAGUUUCGCGAUGUUGGCGACCCAGCUGAACGAGAUGCACCACUCAGGUCAGCUGGCAGAGUUUACCGUUAUCCGGAUUGAUCGGUUCAUCACGUCGGUCGUGAACCGGAACGAGCGGGGUGAGAAGCGAGUGUUGAUCAUUUUGGACUUGACGGUGGUGAAGCCGGGUUCUGCGGUUGGGGUGAAGAUUGGCAAUCCACAGCCGCUGACGGAGGGUGGAAAUCCAAGCGGAGGGGCGGCCAGUUCAGGUGCUCCGGCUAGGACAGAGUCGGCCGGAGCUGUGAGCAACGGGUCGUCGUACCAGAAUCGUCUCAACAGUAGCGUUAGUGCGUCCAACAGUACGCAGAGCUCACUGCAGGAAUCGUUGACCCAUCCGAUCAACUCGCUGAGUCCGUACCAGAACAAGUGGGUCAUCAAGGCGCGGGUCAUGUCCAAGUCGGCGAUCCGCACCUGGAGCAAUGCCAAAGGCGAAGGCAAGCUCUUCUCGAUGGACAUUAUGGACGAGUCGGGUGAAAUUCGCGUGACUGCGUUCAAGGAGCAGUGCGACAAGUUCUACGACAUGAUCGAAGCAGAUAAAGUCUAUUACAUUACAAAGUGUCAGCUGAAGCCGGCCAACAAGCAGUACUCAACGUUGAAGAACGACUACGAGAUGACCAUGUCAAACGAAACGAUCAUUCAGGAGUGCAAGGAUGUGGACGCGUCAAUGCCCGGUAUCCAGUACAACUUUGUGCCCAUUUCGCAGAUUACCAACAUGGAAGCGAACGCCAUGAUCGACGUGGUCGGUGUCUGCAAGGAAGCGAGCGAGUUGAACACAUUCACGGCCAAAUCUUCCGGUCGAGAGCUGACCAAACGUGAAGUCACCAUGGUGGACUCCAGCAACGCUGCAGUACAACUGACCCUCUGGGGCGCCGAUGCCCAAAACUUCCCCACCUCGACGAACCCGGUGGUCGUGGUCAAGGGAGCUCGCGUGACCGAAUUCGGCGGAGGAAAAUCGCUCGGUUUGGUCGGAGGCAGCGUCAUGAAAUUGAACCCGGACAUUGACGUCGCUCACAAGAUUCGCGGCUGGUACGACAACGGAGGCUGCGACGCCGUCAUCAACAGCGUUUCCACCCGGACCGGUGCCGCUGGCGGUUCGUACUCGACCGAGUGGAUGACGUUCCACGAGACCAAGGAGAAGAACCUGGGUCACGGCGACAAGCCGGAUUACUUCCAGGUGAAGGCCCUGGUGCACAACAUCAAGUCGGGUAACGCCGUCUACAAGGCGUGCCCACAAACCGACUGCAACAAGAAAGUGGUCGACCAGGACAACGGACAGUACCGGUGCGAAAAAUGCAACGCCGAUUUCCCCAACUUCAAGUACCGGCUGCUGGUUAAUAUGCUGGUUGGCGACUGGACCUCGAACCGCUGGGUGACGGUCUUCACCGAGCUGGGCGAGCAGAUGCUAGGCAAGACUUCGCAGGAAAUCGGCGAUGCGCUCGAGUACAACAAAGACGAGGCCGAACAGAUCUUUUCCAACAUCAGCUUCGCGAGCUUCAUCUUCAAGCUGCGCACCAAGGUCGAGUUUUACGGCGAUGCGGCCCGCAACAAAACCACCGCCGUGGCGGCCACCCCCGUCAACCACAAGGAGUACAACGCGUACUUGGUCAAGAACAUCCAGGAGCUGACCGGCAUCGGCAAGAACUAAUCGCACCACCAAAUAACACUCCAAGCUUGGUUUUUUGAUAAAAUCACCUAUUUUAUUGAUUAUUAUUACUAUUAUCCUUAAACUAACGGAACAUUGUACAAAAGCCACAUUUUCCGUAAAAUAAAACACAACAAAUCAGCGUUACUCAUAAA